CAAGUUUGGCUUGUACGAGAUUUCACUGCUGGUCCCUAGCCCUAUUGAUUGUAUAUUAAUUGACUCAGUAUGUUGGCUGGUAAAGUUGCACUUGUCACUGGAGCUGCUCAAGGCAUUGGGCUGGAAGCUACUAGACUUCUUCUUAGAAAUGGAGCAAAGGUAAGCAUGCUGGAUGUCAAUGAGACUAUUGGCAAGAGUUCCUGCUCCUCACUUCAAAAGGAGUUCUCUUUAAGUGAUGUCAUGUUUACUACGGUGGACGUGACUAGGAGUGAAGACCUGGUGGCUGCAUUUGAGCGAACCAAGCAAAUGUUUGGAGGACUGGAUAUUGUGCUCAAUAAUGCUGGCAUUUGCAUUGAGCUAAAGUGGAAGAAGAUGAUUGACAUCAAUCUGGUAGCAGUGAUUGAGGGCACAAAACUGGGGGUGGAGCACAUGUCCACUAGCAAUGGGGGUAAAGGAGGUACCAUUAUCAACGUUGCUUCAAUGGGAGGCCUCAUGGGUAUGACCUUUGCCCCCGUGUACUCCGCGAGUAAGCAUGGUGUAGUGGGGUUCAGCAGGAGCUUGAGGGAGUUGGCGCAGAGUGACGGUAUAAGGGUCAACUGCAUCUGUCCUGAGUUUACUGACACGGCCAUCGUUAAAGACGGCAUGAGUGGAAUGAAUGAGGAGACAAAGGCCCGCGUAAAGAACCUUGAAUUUUUAACUCCUGAGAAGGUGGCUGAGGGAAUUCUGGAGCUGGUUACAGACACCACCAAGGCUGGGGCAGUAAUGACAGUCACCAUCAAGAGCGGAAUAGACUACUAUAGUAUGCUAGGUGACCCGAAGGUCACUAAGGCCGAAGUGUAGUAAUGUGAACAGCUAUUAUAGAAUGCUAGGUGACCCAAAAGUCACUAAGGCCGAAGUGUGUGUAGUGAUGUAAACAGCUAUAUAAAGUUAGUUUUUGAUAUCCUAGAGUGUUCCUAGAGUGUUUUUGUUAUUUACCUCGCUUGUUAACCAUGCAUUGCAGUAUAGAUAAUAAUCUUGGCAGCAUAAUUAUAUU